CUAUAGAGAAAGGGAACCCUAACACGACUCAUGUAUUAAAAAAAAAGAAAGAAAGAAAGAAAAAGGCAGUAUAUAAAAGAUAGUAACGCGUUUUGCUCUCUGCCUCUUUACGAUUCGUUCACUCUCAAUCUCAAAGCCUCUCUCAAUCUUCGCUCUUUGUCUCUAACCGCCUUAGCCGGUUAGAUCCGAGUUUGGGAGAUUCAGCCUCCCUAAGUUAAACCAAAAACACUACUCUCUUUCGCUCUUCAGUCAUGGCAGGAUCCGCACCAGAAGGCACUCAGUUUGAUGCUCGUCAGUUCGACCAGAAGUUGAACGAAGUUCUUGAAGGACAGGAUGAGUUCUUCACCUCUUACGAUGAAUCCCACGACAGCUUUGACGCCAUGGGUCUCCAAGAGAAUCUCCUCAGGGGUAUCUACGCUUACGGUUUCGAGAAGCCUUCUGCUAUCCAGCAAAGAGGAAUCGUUCCCUUUUGCAAAGGCCUCGACGUGAUCCAGCAGGCCCAGUCCGGUACCGGCAAAACCGCCACUUUCUGCUCCGGCGUCCUCCAGCAGCUAGACUACUCCCUCGUCCAGUGCCAAGCCCUCGUCCUCGCCCCGACCAGAGAGCUCGCCCAGCAGAUCGAGAAGGUCAUGAGAGCCCUCGGCGACUACCUCGGCGUCAAGGUCCACGCCUGCGUCGGCGGGACCAGCGUCCGCGAGGACCAGCGCAUCCUCCAGGCCGGCGUCCACGUCGUCGUCGGCACCCCGGGGCGCGUGUUCGACAUGCUGAAGCGCCAGUCCCUCCGCGCCGACCACAUCAAGAUGUUUGUCCUUGAUGAGGCCGACGAGAUGCUCUCACGCGGGUUCAAGGACCAGAUCUACGACAUCUUCCAGCUCCUCCCCCCGAAGAUCCAGGUGGGAGUGUUCUCUGCCACCAUGCCGCCGGAGGCUCUCGAGAUCACGAGGAAGUUCAUGAGCAAGCCGGUGAGGAUUCUUGUGAAGCGCGACGAGCUUACUUUAGAAGGUAUCAAGCAGUUUUACGUCAACGUUGAGAAGGAAGACUGGAAGCUCGAGACGCUCUGCGACCUCUACGAGACGCUGGCCAUCACUCAGAGCGUCAUCUUUGUCAACACUAGGCGGAAGGUUGACUGGCUCACUGAUAAAAUGAGGGGGCGUGACCAUACAGUCUCUGCGACUCACGGAGACAUGGACCAGAACACUAGAGACAUUAUCAUGAGAGAGUUCAGGUCUGGCUCAUCUCGUGUGUUGAUCACGACUGAUCUCUUGGCUCGUGGUAUCGAUGUUCAGCAGGUGUCUCUGGUGAUCAACUACGAUCUGCCGACUCAGCCUGAGAACUACCUUCACCGUAUUGGAAGAAGUGGGAGGUUUGGGAGGAAAGGAGUGGCGAUCAACUUUGUGACCAAGGAUGAUGAGAGGAUGCUGUUUGAUAUUCAGAAGUUUUACAACGUGGUUGUUGAGGAGCUGCCUUCGAACGUUGCUGAUCUGCUGUGAAGGGGAGAAAAAGUUUGGUAUUGUCUACCGGAGAAGAAAGGUUUUUUACUUGUUUGUUAAGGCACGCACACCUCUUUGAUCUGAUUUUGAUCUCAUCUUCAUCAUCUCUCUUUCCAUAAGCGGUUUGUUUACGUUUUCUCUUGUGUGUUUCUCUAAGAACAUAUCUCUCGUAUUUUUAAAAUCAUAUGGAGUAUUUGUUUCUGGUUUGCUGUCUUUUCUCAUCUUCUUUUGUAUCAAAUCUUGUCGUGAAAGUUUUGGUUUUAAACAUUUUCA